AACUUAGAUAAAAACAUAGUUAUAACAAACAUAAAAGAUGGAGAGAGCAAAUGAGGUUCUAAAUUUGAGGUCGGGCGAGUCUGAAAUGGUUUCAGAAAUCGUGGUUAACCCACACGAGCCCCAAGUUGGACCCAGUUUCUAUGAAGAUUUUGCCCUUAGAGGCAUCCGAGUCGACCGAGUUCAACCCGGGUUCAUCUUCUGCACCUUCAAGGUCCCUCCUCGCCUAAUUGACCGAACAGGGAACCUGGCUGGUGGUGCAAUAGCCAAUCUCAUUGACAUAGUUGGUAAUGCAUUAAUCUAUCGACUUGGUCAGCCUAUGAAUGUAUCGGUCGAUAUGUCCAUCUCAUAUCUGUCAAAUGCAAAGCUUGAUCAGGAUGAGCUGGAGAUUACAUCAAAACUUCUAGGGAAAAUUGGAUCUGUUUCUGGAACUUCUGUAAUCAUCAAGAAUAAGGUGUCUGGAGAAAUUAUUGCUGAAGGACGACAUUCGUUGUUUAGCAGACUGAAGAGUAAAAUCUGAUACCAAUCCCAUGACUUUUACUAUUCUUGUACUUGAAUGACUAUUGUAUUAAUUCCGAUGCUUAACUAUUGCAUUGGAUCUCACCUGUUCACUGAUCCUAGUGAUGUUGUGUUUAUUAUGAUGUGUGUAAAUAAGGAGUCACAGAUAAAUAAAAGUUAGGAACUACAACUUUAAAAGAAUUUUACUUUUUUCAUGCUUU